AUGGGUUCCAGUUUUGCACAAGCACUUUCUGCAAUGCUGCUAAUUGCUUCAAUGGUGGCAGUUUGCACUGCCAACAAGGAUUGGAAGCACGGGAACUACACCGGUUGGGGUUCUAACCAUGGUCCAUAUCACCUUAACACGACAAACGGACCCAACAAGAUCGUUGUGGGUGGUUCGGACUGGCAUUAUGGUUUUAACUACGCAGAUUGGUCUUUGAAAAAUAACUCAUUUUACGUCCAGGACACUCUAGUUUUCAAGUAUGAUCCACCAAACGACACCAUACGUCCUCAUAGCGUGUACUUGCUACCAAACCUUUGGAGCUUCAUAAACUGCGACUUUAGCCAGGCCAGGAUGGUGGGAAGUCCAACAUGA